CUUCUGGGACCCAGAAGCUAAAAGGCUUCUAGGUAGCUCUAUUCCGGACCAGGAGGCACCAAUAGGGGACAGAGGGCAGUGAUCACCAGGCCGGGGAGAGGAACCCUGCCUAGCAGCCUAGUCCUCAGAUUUCAGAAAGCCGCCGCCACCCCUGUCUGCACUACGUUUCCCAAAGGCCCUUGCGCUGGGAGGACACGCCCACUUCCGACGAGGACUUGAAACCCGGACGUGAGCGAGUCUGGCCGGUUCUGAGGAGAAAGUCUGAGUGGAGUGGCGGCGACGGCAGCGGCUGAGCCGGGCGCGGGGAGGCGCCGAGAGGGCAGCGUCCCGGUCUGCAUGCGGGGGCGGGGGGGUCGUGAACGUGCGCGCGUGACUUGGCUACUGUGACCGUCAGCGCGUGGUGUGUGUGUGUGACCGGGAGGAGGAGGCAGGUACGUGUGUGAAUGGGGGGGAGAGUGUGUGCGGGUGUGAGAUGUGACUGGUGGGGCGCAGAGGAGGCAAGUGUGUGACUGGGGCCCGUGUUUCUGCGCGUGUCUUUUGUGCACCUGGCACGUCCCAGCAGCAUGUGAGCGACGGCGUGUAUUGGGACGAAUGAAGGAUUUUACGUGGCUGAGAGCUGGAAACGCCUACGGAGGAGACCACCCCCCGACACACCCCCCAGCCCCCCGCACACCCUGACUCCACCACCAAGAACCCAGUGUGGCCCAAAGCCCUGGAGUCCUGGGAAGGCGCCUGGUUGGGCCGGUGCGGCUGAAGCAUUUCUUGCCUGCCCCGCCUGGAGGGUGUGGAAAUCGGGACACUACACACGUCCACGGGACUAAGUAUGGAGAUGAGGACACUGACGCGUAGAGAGGACAAGUAAUCACUAGUAAGUGGAGGAGCCAAGAUUCACAUCCAGGACAGGCUGACUCCAGAGUCCCCUUCUGUACUGGCCCUCAUGUAAUCCCCUCAACAACUGCUUGAGCUGUGCCCUCUCAGGGUGAAGCCCUUCUCCAUGUGAGGAGCCAGGAAAAGGAGAAGGUGAUGGGAAUUGAACUUCUUAAAGCCAUGUCCCUGGAUUCAGUGUCUUUCACGGAUAUAGCCAUAGACUUCUCCCAAGAUGAGUGGGAAUGGCUGAAUCUUGCUCAAAGGACUUUGUAUAAGAAGGUGAUGUUAGAGAACUAUAGGAACCUGGCUUCAUUGGGUCUUUGCAUUUCUAAACCAGAUGUGAUCUCCUUUUUGGAGCAGGAUAAAGAGCCCUGGAUGAUGAAAGGAGAGAUAACAAGAGGCCUGCACCCAGACUUGGAGUUUGUGUGGAUGAGAAAGGAAUUAUCUCCAAACCAGGACAUCUAUGAGGAAAAAUUGUCCCAGGCAGUGAUAAUGGAAAGACUUACAAGCUGUGACCUCGAAUGUUCCACAUUAAGGGAAAACUGGAAAUGUGAAGACCUGUUUGAGAGGGAGCUGGUAAGUCAGAAGACACAUUUUAGGCAAGGGACAAUCAGUCAUAUAAGUACCCUUAUUGAGAAAGGAGACCACUCUAACAAAUCUGGGACAGUUUUUUAUCUGAAUACAUUAUCUUAUAUAAAACAGGUAUUUCCUAUCGAAGAGAGAAUAUAUAAUUUUGACACAGAUAAGAAAAGCUUAAAAGCACAUUCCUUUGUGAAAAAACGCAAGCAAGUCUAUGGAGAAAAGAAACUUUUGCAAUGUAAUGACUGUGAGAAAACUUUCAGCAAAAUCUCAACUCUUACUCUUCAUCAAAGAAUUCAUACUGGAGAGAAACCCUAUGAAUGUAUCGAAUGUGGAAAGGCCUUUAGCCAGAGUGCCCACCUUGCUCAACAUCAGAGAAUCCACACAGGAGAAAAACCCUUUGAAUGUACUGAAUGUGGGAAAGCCUUCAGCCAGAAUGCUCAUCUCAUUCAACAUCAGAGAGUUCAUACUGGAGAGAAACCUUAUCAAUGUAAGCAGUGUCAUAAAGCCUUCAGCCAGCUUGCACAUCUUGCUCAACACCAGAGGGUUCAUACUGGAGAGAAACCCUAUGAAUGUAUCGAAUGUGGGAAAGCUUUUAGUGAUUGUUCAUCUCUAGCUCAUCAUCGAAGGAUUCACACUGGGAAAAGACCCUAUGAAUGCAUUGACUGUGGGAAAGCUUUCAGGCAGAACGCUUCUCUUAUACGUCAUCGGAGGUAUUGUCACACUGGAGAGAAACCCUUUGAUUGUAUUGAUUGUGGGAAGGCUUUCACUGAUCAUAUAGGACUUAUUCAGCAUAAGAGAAUUCAUACUGGAGAGAGACCUUACAAAUGUAACGUGUGUGGGAAGGCUUUUAGCCAUGGCUCAUCCCUGACUGUCCAUCAGAGAAUUCACACAGGAGAGAAACCCUAUGAAUGUAAUAUCUGUGAGAAAGCCUUUAGCCAUCGUGGCUCACUCACUCUUCAUCAAAGAGUUCAUACUGGAGAGAAACCCUACGAAUGUAAGGAAUGUGGGAAAGCUUUUCGGCAGAGCACGCACCUCGCCCAUCAUCAGAGAAUUCAUACUGGGGAGAAACCUUAUGAAUGUAAGGAGUGCAGCAAAGCCUUCAGCCAGAAUGCACACCUUGCACAACAUCAGAAAGUACACACUGGAGAGAAACCAUACGAAUGUAAGGAAUGCGGGAAGGCCUUCAGUCAAAUUGCACACCUUAUUCAACACCAGCGAGUUCAUACUGGUGAGAAGCCUUAUGAAUGUAUUGAAUGUGGGAAGGCCUUUAGUGAUGGCUCCUAUCUUGUUCAACAUCAGAGGCUCCAUUCUGGCAAAAGACCGUAUGCAUGUCUUGAAUGUGGGAAGGCAUUCAGACAGAGGGCAUCCCUGAUCUGUCACCAAAGGUGUCAUACAGAUCCGGUGGGAGAAGACAAACUAAAAACUGAAAUACUAUAUAGUAAGUAUGUGACAUGUACAUACUUGUACAUGAUGAGAAAUGAUCUAAAAAGGGAGCCAGGGAGUGCUGGGAGGGGGUGCUUUAUUCCCCCAGAACAUAUGGGCAUUAGAACCAAGGGACUAGGGAAGAACUAGAAAAAACUCAGCCCCAAAAGGCAUGAUGAGAAUAAUCAUGAUAGUCUCAAAGCAGAUAAUUAUGAUGCUCUGAGUAUUGCAGGAAGGGAGAAUUGAUGGCUUAACAAGGUUCAUGAGAGUUCUGUUCACUCUUUGUCAAUCGUGAUUUAGAGGCUGGUGGAGGGUUUUGUUUUGGGUUUUGUUUUGUUUUGGUAGCGGUCUUAUUGAGAUAUAAUUCACGUACCAUACAAUUUGCCCACUUAAAGUAUAUGAUUCAGGGAAUUCCCUGGUGGUCCAGUGGUUAGGACUCGGCACUUUCAUUGCCAUGGCCUGGGUUCAGUCCCUGGUCAGGGAACUAAGAUCCCGCAAGCCAUGCGGCACAGCCAAAAAAAAAAAAAAGUAUAUGAUUCAAUGACUUUAGUAUGUUCAGAGUUGUGCAACCAUCACCACAGUUAAUUUUAGAACAUUUUCAUCACCCAAAACGAGAUCCCCUGCCCUUUAGUAGAUACUCUUACACCUAGAGGAGAAUACUUACCUGGAGCACCUCCUACACCUGAAGGUACCUGGAGUACCCAGAGCUCUCGGGUUUCCUCUUGGUUGCUGCCUGUGGCCAUGUGAGGGGAGCUCUUAUCCAGAGGACACUGGAAAAUGGAGCUUUGGGGCUUCCUCUUUACUUUGGCAUCAAGGCUAGGAGAUGGACGGUCUUAUCCAGAGCAUGUAGAGGGUUUUGAGUGCCCUUAUAUAUGAUAAAAAGGAUUUUUCAUUUCAGUGGGGCAAAGACGGAUUGAUCAGAUGGCCUUGGGACAGUUAGCUCUCUGGAAAGACAUAGAUCUAUACUUUGCACACUGACUGAUGAAGUCCUGAUGGAUUAGAGGUCUAAAGGUACAAUAUUAAAGUACAAGAAAAAUUUAGAAUAUUUCUAUAACCUUGGCUUGAGGCAGACCUUCUUAAGCAUUACACAUAACCCAGGAGCUGACAUUAAACUGAGUAACACUUCUGUGUGGAAAACAUCAAAGUUAACAGAUAAAUGAGAGACUGAAAGAAAAUGUUUGCAACAAAUAUGAUAAAGGGAAAUAAUCCCUGAUAUUUAAAGCACUCUUACAAAUCAGUAAUAGUAACAUCUGCAACUCAGAAAAAUGGACAGAGCUAACAGCCUCUUUAAAGAAGAUGAAAUAAAAACAGCUAAGGAAAAUUACCCACUAUCAUUAGUAAUCAAGGCAAUGCAAAAUAAAGUGAUGAUAUAUUGACUUUUUCCCCCAAUAGAUUGAUUUUAAAUCACAGAAGAGUGAUAAUCCAGUUUUGGUGAAUGUGUGAAAAACAAGACAGUUCCAUUGUUUGUUAUAUAAAUUGCUGUAUGUAUAGACCAUUCGAAUCAAUAUUCCUCAGAAACCAAAGUGUACACAGGUAGGUAAAUGUAUAAUGGGAAACAUUUUUAAUGAUAAACUCUUAGUAACUUAGGGUAAGGGGAAAAUGGGUAAGUUAAUUAUGUUGUAUUCUUUCAACAGAAUUAUAUGCAGCUGUUGAAAAACUGUAAAUGUGUAUAUAGCCAUAAAAGAUAGUUGUGCUAUAUUAAAUGAAAAGAAUUUUUUCAGACCUGUAUUCUAGUAUAAAUUCAUAAUCAUAAUAUCAAAAAUAAAACCAAAAAUACAUGUUUUUCUGUUUUCCUCUGCCCAGAUUUCCUUGCCUUCUUCUUCUUCUUUUUUUUUUUUUUCUUCUUUUUUUUUAAAUUUUAUUUAUUUCUGGCUGUUUUGGGUCUUAGUUGCUGUGCUCGGGCUUUCUCUAGUUGCGGCGAAUGGGGGCAACUCAUUGUGGUGCCCGGGCUUCUCACUGCGGUGGCUUCUCUUGGUGCGGAGCGUGGGCUCUCGGUGCGCGAGCUUCAGUAGUUGUAGCAUGCAAGCUCAGUAGUUGUGGCUCGUAGGCUUUAGAGCACAGGCUCCGUAGUUGUGGCGCACGGGCUUAGUUGCUCCGCGGCACGUGGGAUCUUGCUGGACCAGGGCUCGAACGCGUGUCCCCUGCAUCGGCAGGCGGAUUCUUAACCACUGUGUCACCAGAGAAACCCUUGCCUCCUUCUUUUGACUACACUCUCUCUUUUCCUUUGAGUAACUGGCCAUACCCUGUCUUACAGUUCUGAGGGACCUAGUCAAUCAGAUUCUCUCUGGAGCUUGAAAGGGAGAAGGAUCUGUUCCCUAAAGGGAUGAUGCUGGUGUCCUUGUGGUUGUGAUCUUUGGAGCCGCCCUAGUUUUUGUGCUUUCCAAGGCUGCAAUUCCUUAAACGACUCACCAUCCUCUCAAUACUUCAUUUUCUGCUUGUUUGCUUGCAAUUAAAGAAACUUAACCAAGUCAGAGUUUGGUAUGAAGAUUAUGUAAUAGACAAUAGAAUCUUUGGAAUAUUGGAGGUGUUAGGGAUUGGUGUUUGGGUGAGAUGGGGCAAGUGAGACUCCUGUUUCUUUCCUAGCCUAGGAAAGUAACAACUCAUGGUGUGCACUGGGCAAACACCCAAGUGAAUUAUUAUUAGUUGUAGUCGCCUGAGGUGAAUAGAGGUCUAGAGUCCUGAAUAAUGACAGUUUCAAGAGGAAGAGGAAUGCCAAGUCCAGAGUGUCUAUGAUGCUUGUAGCUAACUGUUUUGGGUAAUUUAAAACUCAAAUCUUGAACUUUCUGAACUACUAGCAACUAAGGGUCUUUGUAUGAUGUUGUUGAAAGAUGUUUUAUACUGUUUGAAGUCAUAGGGUUAAGAUUGCUUAAAACCAAAUUGAGAGACUCCUUUUAUGGGUUGCUAAGGUGGAAUGCUGGUUAAAUUCUGUAUUUUGUUGUAGAGUGGUUGUAAGGUCUGAAUUGUAUCCCUCCCACCCCCAAAUUCACAUAUUGAAGCCCUAAACCCCAGUGUGACUGACUGUAUGUGGAGAGAGACGGCUUUGGGGGAGGGAAUUACGGUUAAAUGAAGUGAUACGGGUGGGGCCCUAAUCUGAUAGAACUGGUAACCUUAUAAGAAGAGGGAGAGACAUCAGAGGUACUAGAGAGAAGUUACGGUGACAAUUGAGAAAAGUUUCUGGCAGUUUACCCCCAGAAGAACUGACCUUGACCUUUAUAGGAAGUUGGUCUGGAGAUGACAAGGAGCCACGUGGUAAGUUGAGGGAAUCAACAUUUCUGGAUUACAGCAGGAAAAAUUCCCACCGCUCGCUCCAGAUAUGGCCUUCACGGGAAGUGUUUGUGCUCCUUGUAUCCAAGGAGCCUAGAACUCAGAGUCCAUGUACCUCAUAGAUCAUUCUGGAACAUUCCUCAUAAGACCAGUGAGUGGUCAUCUGUGGGCCGCAGUUGUUGUUACUAAACAUUUUGAAUACGGUUCCCAAAAGGAGACAGUCUGAUUUACAGACGAUCCAGAGUAACUCAAAUUGGGACUAGCACCGCUGAGGAUUUCUUCUAGCCAGUAUUCCUGAGAUUCUAAUACCAUUGUUGUCAUUUUAAGAUACAGUGUUUUCAGAGGAAGUGAGAGACCUUAAUCAAAUUCUGAAUAAUUUUAAAGGGAAGGUGAUCAGAGGGAGAAGAUGUGCCUCGACAAGUAGGCAUAAGUGGCUUAAAACGAACGUGAACAUCAAGGAGUCGGAGUAAUUUAGAAAGCACAUCUUGUUUUGAAAACGCAUAAUACAGAUGUAGGGCUUUUGGGGGGGUCCAUAAAAAUCAAUCAAUUAUGUAAACUUACCCAUUGAAACUUUUUUUUUUUUAAUCUGUUGAGUAUUUCCUUCUUUGGGGAACUAAAAUUUAGAUAUCCUGAAAAUGUCACCUCAAUAAGUCUAACAAGAAGAACAAGGGUCUGGAGACCAAGACUCUUUGGGAGACAGUUUGGCAGCUUCUUACAAGGCUAAACACUGUCCAGCAACCAUACUUCUAGGUAUUAGCUCAAAUGAAUUGAAAACAUGUCCACACAGAAAGCUGCAUGUGGGUGCUUACAGCAGUUUUAUGAAAGCAGCCGAGAUGUCCUUCAGUAGGCGAAUGGAUAAACAUACUGUGGCACAACCAAUAGAUUAUUAUUUAGUGAUAAAAAGAAAUGAGCCAGGGGCUUCCCUGGUGGUGCAGUGGUUAAGAAUCCGCCUGCCAAUGCAGCGGACACGGGUUCGAGCCCUGGUCCCGGAAGAUUCCACAUGCUGCAGAGCAUCUAAACUAAGCCUGUGCACCACAACUACCGAGCCUCUGCUCUAGAGCCCGUGAGCCACAACUACUGAAGCCCGCAUGCCACAACUACUGAAGCCUGCGCACCUAGAGCCUAUGCUCCACAACAAGAGAAGCCACCACAAUGAGAGGCCCGCGCACCGCAGAGAAGAGUAGCCCCUGCUCGCUGCAACUAGAGAAAGCCCGCGUGUAGCAACGAAGACCCAAUGCAGCCAAAAAUAAAAUAAAAAUAAAUUAAUUUUUUAAAAAAAGAAAUGAGCUAAAAAAAUGGAGAACUUUAAGUUCAUAUUAAAUGCUAAGUGAAAGAAGCCAUUCUGAAAAAGGCUAUGUAUUGUCUGAUUCCAACUCUGUGACAUUCUGGAAAAGACAAAACUAUGCAGAUAGAAAAAAUACCGGGUUCAUGAAGAUGGAGGAGGACGAACAGGUGCAGCACAGGACAUUUUUAGGGCACUGAAAUAUAUGCUACUGUAAUGGUGGAUACAUAUUAUUAUGCAUUUGCCAAAACCCACAGAAGUGUACAACACAAAGAGCAACCUUAAUGUAAACUAUGGGGUUUUGUUAGUAAUAAUGUAUCAAUAUCGGUUCAUUAAUUGUAACAAAUGUUCCAUAUUAAUGCAAGCGUUUACUAAUAGGGGAAAUUGGGUGCAGAGAGGUGGGUGUAUGAGAACUCUGUACUAUCUGCUCAAUUUUUCUGUAAACCUAAAACCGUUCUAAAAAGUAAAGUCAUUAGUAAAAACAAAAACAAAACAAAACAAGAAACCCGUAAUGAGAUAUCACUACACGCUUAUCAGAAUGGCUAAAAUAAAAUAUGUAUAUGUAUAAUGGCAACAUCCAAUAUCGGCAAGGAUUUGGAGAAACUGGAUAUCACAUAAAUUGCUGGUAGGAAUAUAAAUGGUACGGCCACUCUGAAAAACAGUUUGGCAGUUUGUUUAAAAAAAAAAAACUAAACUAAAAAUGCAAAUACUGUAUGACCUAGAAAUGCACUCCUGGGCAUUUAUCCCAGAGAAAUGAAGAUUUAGGUUCAUACGAAACCCUGUAAUAAGGGACAAUUAAUAGUAGAAGGGCAACCUAUGAAAUGGGAGAAAAUAUUUGCAAACCAAAUAUCUGAUAAGGGGUUAAUAUCCAAAAUAUGUAAGGAACCCCUGCAACUCAAUAGCAAAAGAUAAAAUAAUUUAAAAUGGGCAAAGGACUUGAAUAGAAUAGACAUUUCUCCAAAAAGACAUACAAAUGGCCAGCAGUUACAUGAAAAGGUAAAGAGCAUCACUAAUCAUCAGAGAGGUGCAAAUCUAAACCACACUGAGAUAUCACCACACACCUAUUAGAAUGAAUAUUAUUUUUAAAAAAAAUUGAAGAGGAUGUGGAGAAAUCAGAACUUUUGUACCCUACUGAUGGGAAUGUAAAAUGGUGCAGCCACUAUGGAAAACAGUAUGGAGUUUCCUCCAAAAAAAAAUUAGAAAUACCUAAUGAUCUCACUUCUCACUUCUGGGUAUUCGAAAGUCAGGAUCUCAAAUAGAUGAUUUGCACUCCAUUGUUCACUGCAGCAUUAUUCACAGUAGCUGAGAUGUGGAAGCAACCUAAAUGUCCAUCAGUGAAUCAACGGAUAAAGAAAAUGGGGUAUACACAUAAAAUGUAAUAUCCUUUAACCUUAAAAAAGAAGGAAAUCCUGCCAUAUGCCACAACAUGGGUGAAGCUUGAGGACAUUGUGCUGAGAUAAGCCAGACGCAGAAGGACAAAUACUGCGUUUAUAUGAGGUAUCUAAAAUAGACACACGGAAGCAGAGAGUAGAAUGGUGGUUGCCAGGGUCUUGAGGGAAGGGGAAAUGGGGAGUUACUGGUCAACAGGUAUAAAGUUUCAUUUAGGCAAGGUGAUUAAGUUCUAGUGUUCUGUACAUCGUGCCUCUAGUUAACAAUACUGUAUUGUACACAUAAAAUUUUGUUAUGAGGGUAGAUUUUAUGUUAAAUGUUCCUACGGAAAUGAAAAGAAAACUGUAACUGGAAUAGCCCCAAACUGGAAACAUCCCAGAUGUGGUAGCCAAACUGUGGUAAAUCCCUACCAUGGAUUACCACUCAGUAGUAAAGUAAUGAACUAUUGAUACAAAUAACAACUUGCAUAAAUCUCCAGAGAAUUAUGCUGAAUGAAAAAAAAUGCCUAUUGAUAUAACAUUUUUGAAAUGACAAAAUUAUGGAGAAAAAAUUAGCGAUAGUCAAGGGUUAAGGAAGGAUGGGGUAUGGAGGAAAGUGGGUGUGGCUAUGAAAGGGCAACCUGAGGGAUCCUAGUGGUGAUGGAAACGUUCUGUAUCUUGACAGUAUUCAUGUCUGUAUCUUAUUUGUGACUUUGCAAGUGAAACCGUGCCCUAUAGGGUUAACAGAAACUGGUG